UUUUCUUUUUUCUUUUGGCUAUAGCGUUUACUUUUUGCCAAUGACGUAAAUCAAAAGAUUGGGAAACCAAGUUAAAAUAGGAUACGAAACACGAGAAACGAUCAGAUAAGUAGGAAGAAGUUUGAAACGGAUAAUAAAAAUUUCAUAAAUAUACAUAAAUACACUUACAAAUCAAAUAUUUAAACUUUAAUAUGGUUCUGAAGGAUGAAAGAUGACAAUAUUUUAUAAAAUAUACACGGAUACAUAAUUAUACAGGAUAUACAGGUAGGAAAAGGAACAUUAAGAGAUAUUAGAUCAUUCAGGAAUGAGGAGCGGUCGUAUAGAGGACAUGAAAAGAAAAUGUGAUCUAGAUCACAUUUACCGGAUUCACAACAUGCAAACAUGACCCAAACGCAUUCUUAUGAUAGAAGAACAUACUAGCUUAUUGCAUUUGGCAUCGACUUUUUAUUUUAAAAUUCUAUCAAUUGGUUUCUCUCGAUGCCAUUGUCGCCAGUGUUUUCAUUGUGGGCUCAGUGAAUUUGGCCCCCUUUUUUUGAUUUUCGGAUUUUUAAUUUUUAAUUAUUUGUACGUUUAUACAUUUGUUAGCGUUUUGUUAACAAGUGCGUUUAUACUGUCUAAUUAUUUCAAAUUAUCCAAAUUAACUAAUCUGAGCGAUAAAAAUAAAGAUAUCUAGUAAGAGGGGCUCACUUUAGGGUGUACAUUUGUUUAAUUAAUUAUAAAUAAAUAAAAGACGAACAAACCAUUUUUACAUUCGAACAUUAACGAACAAACGACGAACAAAUAAUUAAAAAUUAAAAAAACCCGAAAACAAAAAAAAGGCGGACAAAUUCAGUAAGCUCGAAAGAGCAUAGAUAAGAUACUUAAUAUUUGAGACCAAAGAGUAGGUUUAUGUACAGUAUGCUACAUAGAUUAUACUUUUAAGUAGGAAUGCAAUGCCUAUUAUACAUAAUUUUUAAUUUAAUAUUUUUCAGUUCACAGAUCAAGUGCGGUGAUUUUUGGUUGCUUUAAAUAAUUAUAAUCAAUUAAAAGCAAUAAGGACUUACUUAAAUCAUACAUCAAUAAUUAUGUAGUGUCUUGUAUUAUAGAUUUGAAUUAUAAAAAAAUGUUUUAAAAGUAUAAUUUUAUUAUUAUAUGACUAUCGAUUGUACGAUAAUGGCAGGUUUCGGAGAUCAUUCCGGUUAUAACCGACCGUUUGGUUUAGAUCCUAAUCGAGAAACGAAUGAUUUAUACGAUACCCGUUACCAGCAGAUUUAUGGGUACCAUACUCCAAUUACUGAAGAGUUUCAAGGACCACCUCUUGUUAUGGAUGAAAACCCAGAUGAAGAUAACAAUGCUUAUAUAACAACCGCAAUAAGUGUAGCAAGUCUUUUAACAGAGAAUUUGUUAAGUCAUCCAUUCAUUGUACUCAGAAGACAAUGUCAGGUCCAUAACAAUCUAAGGAACUAUCACAUAGUUCCUUACACUCUGUUACCUGUAGUAGUGAGACUACACAGGAGACAAGAUGUCACAACUCUCUGGAAAGGGAUUGGCUCCACUUGCAUUGUGAGGGGUUUGAAUUUAGCCGUUGAAGAUGCUGUAGCCAAGGGCACUGGUUGGCCUAAGGAGGUGAACAAGUGCAAUUCUGUUUUGCAAUUUGUCCAGCACAUAGCUCUAAAAAGCCUAAGUUUGGCAUUAAUAACUCCAUUCUAUUCUGCGAGCUUGGUAGAAACAGUGCAGAGUGAUAUCGCCAGUGACAAACCAGCUCUAUUUGAUGUGUUCAGAGAGGGAUUUGUUCGUAUACUCGAGUGGGGCACACCCAGUAAAGGACGCAUGUUACCAAUAUGGGCAAUUGUACUACCUACUGUAGCCCUAGGCGUUUCUAAAUAUAUCUCACAUAUUACACUGAGAAGUUUAACUGCAAGAAUACUCCGGUUCCAACAACGGCAUAGGCAUGAGCUGAGCGAUUCAUACAAUUACAGCAAAAAUGUACAGAAUCCUCUUAUAGAAGAUAUCAAUCUGAAAGCAAACAUUUUCUCAUUUAUUACUAUGGAAAUACUUUUUUAUCCAGUGGAGACUAUAAUACAUAGACUUCAUAUACAGGGUACUAGAACAAUCAUUGAUAAUUUAGACACAGGAACAUCAGUGACACCUAUUCUAACAGGAUAUGAAGGUUUCAUGGACUGUUAUAAUACAACAAUAGCCCGGGAAGGAAUUUCAGGGUUGUACAAAGGGUUUGGUGCGCUAGUACUGCAGCUUGUAGCUCAUAUUUCAAUAAUUAAACUCACUACAAUUGUAGUUACUGAAAUAACGAACCUGUUGAAGCCUGUCAAGUCUCCUACAAACUCUGAUGAUCAUACACAACAAAAGUACUUGUUUAAUUAGUCAAGUGAAUGGCAGUUACCCUUUUAACAGAAAUUUUGGUAAUCUAUGCGUCAGAAUGUUUUUAAAGGAAGUUAAUUUUGAAUUUGGUGUUAUAUUUUGAUAAUUUAUGUUAUAGUUGAAUCUUUUGUUUUUGUAUUACUAUUACAUGGAUAUGCUAAGUAAAUGUUUGAAAUGACUGUUAAUCAUUUCAUUUAAUAAAAGUCAUUUAAUGUUA